GAACGCGAUGACGUCACGCGCACACCACCGGAAGUAAUUUGAAUUUUCGUCAUGUAAACAGCGCACCGAUAAAAUAAAAAAAAAACCUGAUAAUCACCCAGAGGUUUCAUAAAAUGGGUGUAAAAGGUCUGCAGAGCUUCGUGGAGCGAUGCUGUCCAGAGGCGUGUGUUACAGUGAACCUGAGAGACAUGGCCAGACAGCAUGUCACCAAAAACCAGCAGCGCUGCUCUUCUAACAUCACCAGUCCCACACUUGUUGUUGAUGGCAUGUCCUGCCUCUGCCACUGGUACUCAUGUAUGAACUGGGUGUGUGGAGGCCAGUGGACGGAGUAUAUGGAGGUUCUGAAGAAAUGGGUGGAGGCUUUUACCUCUGCAGGCAUCAAAUUGGUUUUUUUCUUCGAUGGAGUCGUGGAAGAACAGAAGAGACCAGAGUGGGUGAAAAGGCGACUCAGGGUGAACAAGGAUAUUAUAAAAAUAUUCAACCACAUUAAGCAACAUGGAGAACAGCCGGGUCAACAGUUCUCUUGUCUGCCAUCCGCUCUGGCAACAUUCACUCCUUUUGCUCUCAGGUCACUGGGUCAGGACGUGUUCUGCUCAGUGAGAGAGGCGGACUAUGAAAUUGCCAGCUAUGCUUGUUGCCAUGGUAGCAUGGGGAUUCUGGGACAAGACACAGACUUCAUCAUAUAUGACAGUGCCCCCUACUUGUCCGUGGCAAAGCUGCGAAUAAAUGGCCUAACGACAGUCAUGUAUGACCGGCAGAGGCUCUGCAGAAACAUCGGGCUGAGCGUGACCCAGCUGCCUCUGCUGGCCUGUCUGCUGGGUAAUGAUGUGGUUUCAGAGGAGCUCAUGCAGCACAUCAGGAGUAGUGCUGUGGCAGCAUACAGGAGAACAAAUCCAGCACCGUAUUCUGGUCCUCCUCAGGGUGAGGUAGUCCUGGCUGUAGCCCAGUUUGUGAGCUCUUCGUCUGCUUCUGCAGAGGAAGAAACUGGACUUAUCCCACAUUCCCUGAACGUAGCAUCUUCCCAAAGAUUGCUACUAAAGAAGGGAAUCUGUUCCUACUUACUUCCUGGACACAAAGAUUAUGAACUGGUUGGCAUUUCUGUUCCACCCUCUGCCUUUGAGAAAUAUGUUAGUCCUGAGAUUUUAAAGGCAUGUAGAGAGAAACAUGUAGCGGCGGAGGGUUUCAUGGUUUACAGUGUUGUGUGCGCUGGAGUCACCGAAUGCAGCAACUCUCUGGAGGACGAAGAGGACGAGGAAUUGCUGCCUCAGGCCCUCGUCUUCAAGCCGUGCAGACAGCGCAUCUAUGGUUUGCUGCUGCUGCUAGGAAAAGAUGGCAGCUCUGUGGAUGCUCCAGCCAUCAGGGAAUGGUUCGUCUUCCCCGGAAACCCUUUGAAAGAAGCUGACACGGUCCAUCCUGUCCCCAUUAACAUCCCAUGUGGUCAACCCAGUCUGGACCUGUUAUGGUUUAACUCUGGUCCUGAGGUUUCUGCUCUUCGCCUUGCAGCCUUCCUUACAGUCUUUGACUGCCUUCAUUAUUCUGACUUGCAUGGCGAGAUUGGAGACUCUCUCCUGGCGGCUCUUUGUCUCGUCACAUACAUCGUCCUUCAGGUAGAGACCUUGUCUGAGGAGGACGUGGAUGCGUACCUGAGUCAGGCCGUGUGUCUGAGGCUGAAGUCGCCCUUGGAGCUUCGGCAGAUCGAGCUGCCUGUCCUUUCGAGUCGAGCCGUGCAGCUGGGAUCGCUCUACGUCCGAGGACUGAGCCACCUGCUGGGAGCCAACAAUGCCAGCGGCUGUGCGCUGCCCAGCGCCGCUCUGAUGCCUUGGCACGGCUUUGACGGACGGCUGUUCCACUCCAAGUACCUGCUGGCACACAGCGGCGCGGAGAAGUCUGAGCUGCUGGACAGAGAUAUGUUCUCCCUUUCUCAGUUUGUUCAGCUGAAGGAGAAACUUCUGGAAACCUGCAGGAAGAGAGGCAGGAUCCUCCAGUCCAGACCCAGAGAAACACAGAAAAACCUUCGAUACUCAAACACUUCAGGUUUCCCUUCAGGAGCUGAUCAGGCCUGGAGAGGAGAGACCAGAAGAGACCUUCAACAUGGACAAACAUGGAGGCAAAGAGAGGCGGCGUGUGGAGAACAAAGCGGCUAUGAAAACCCAGAAACACCGCAGUGGAGAGCAGAUCACAGAGGGGGAGGUCAAAGUUUCCAUUCACAUCGCUCUAACUCCUACGAAGGUCGACCCCUGAACCGGAACCGGCAUCCCAAACAGAACCGAGGUCGGCUGCAUCACAACAGAGGGAGAUACCAGCUGGCUCCCAGAUGGCAACACCCUCCUGCUCCCUGAAUAUAACAGAAGCUUGAAGAGAGAGGAACUAAGGAUUAAAGAGAAUGACUUGAUGAAAAAAGACGCGAUGAAAAGGAGGAGUGGAUCAAAUUCCUCUGAACAAACUGAUUAGUGGAUGAUCUGUUGGGAAUGUUUGUCUAAAGGAUGGAGCAGGAAGAGAAACGGAGCCUAAACAGGAAACACAAUGGUGAUGGUGCCAUGGUAUGUUUAAAAGAAAUCCUGUAGUCUCUACUUUAUACCAGCAAAACCUUUUAUAUUUAAGGACAAAAACAUUUAAACAGGACGAAGAACUAAUAAAAAUAAAGCUUACUUUAGCACGCAAGUUUAUGGUUUGACUCCGAGUUUGGCGCUGUCUCUUAUCUGUUACAAAAGGAAAAUCUGUGUAUUCAGGGAAAUAAUCCUUCCUACAGUAAUGGGCUUUAGAGAAAACAUAAUGCUGGUGUCAGAUAUCAAAUCCACCACAGCUGAUAUUUGGCCAAAUAAAAGUGUCUUGAAUGCAAAUUAUUUGUUCAUACUCUGAAAAUAAAUGACAACAUGCCAAA